AUGGCCGGCAAGGAUGAUUCCGCCACCAAUCCCGUGCUGGGAAGGAACAGCACAGGUCAGAAGAUGGUGACCGGCGAGGAGGGUUCCACCAACCGCACGCUGGAUCUAUGCACUGGGGAGCGGAGCCGGGGCACCGACGGGGAGGGCACGCUGGAGCGCUGCACCACCGAACCUAUCGUGGUGACCGGCGAGCACACUAUUCUCAAAAGGAAGGCCAAGGAGGAGAUGUACCCUUCUCCUGAGCAGGAAAAGGUCAGCUUUCCCAACCCAUUCGCUAGGAAGUCAGCCAUCGACGAAAUGGUCGCCACGGCAAAACUCCCGAUGCGAGCUGAUGUUACUGUGGCCGCCCCUAUCCAGCAAGUCCCGCGGCAGGAAGGGACCAAGACCACCGAACCUAUGAUGGUCGACCCCUUCCUCGGACAGGAGAUUGUUAAGGUGGUUUCUGAUAUCCAGGCUGAUCCUGAGAUCGGGGAGGCGGUUUCUGAUCUUCAGGCUGAGUUUGAGAUCGAGGAGGCGGAUUCUGAUCCUCAGCCUGAGGACCAGGAUGGUUACGAUGAUGAGGCAGAGGAUGAUUAUGGUUAUGAGGAUGAGGAUGAGGAUGAUUAUGACUACGAGUCUGGAUAUGAGGAUGAGGAUGACUGGGAGUCUGAAUUUUUGGAGCAAAGGCCGAAGGUCAAGGCUGUGUUGUUAAACUUUCCUGAGGCUGCAAAGUUGGAACCUCAUGAGCUGGACGCCGCAGUGGAGAGGAUCCUGGAGCAGUCCAAGCCUGAGAACGCCUCUGUGGCUGCCUCAGGCAAGGUUCGGCUGUUGAGUGCAGACAUCCAAGCAAUCUUGGCCCGGAAUAGGCAGCCCCCCAUCAUCCAUGACCUCGCUUCCAAGGGCACAUUAUACCCGGCUGAUUUGAUCCGGAGAAGGGAAGAGCUGGACAAGGAAUUUGAGAAGGUUCAAGAUGAUUUUGAAGAGUUUCAGGCUAAGGUGCGCACGGAUUUGAUCGAGAAGGGGUACACCGAGGUCAAUGAGGACUACUAUGAUAACAGGGACAAAUUCGACGACGGGUUGCAGGACCGGUUGCAGGAAGAGUGGAACAAGAUUGACUUUAGUCGCUUUUAUAUUGCCAAAAACGACAAGGGGAUUGCCUAUUAUUCCGAAGAACAUGGGUGUUACAUAUAA